AACACACAGAUUAGAUUAUGUAAUAAAAAUCUGUCAAAAAAUGACAAAUCCCUGGAAUUUGUUGUGGAAUCCCAUGGAAUCCGAAUAAAUCUUCAUAAAAUGUUUCGGCGUGUGAUUCCAGUCGCACGAGCUAUAUGGCCGAUCACCAACUCAUGUCUGAACACCGCCAGGAUCAUCAGCAAUGAGAUCAGAGGAUACUCAACAUUAAAAAGGACCAUCACAGCAAUUCCCAAUAAUGGGGUAACAACAGGGUUGCUGUCUACUAACAAACAAAUCCUAGACAUUAGCCAGAACCUAGCACCCGUGCCAGUGCGAACAGUAACUAAGUUCAGCUUGAAAAGAGGAAAAAGGAAGACCGUAAAAGCGGCACUAAAGAGGUUCUUCCGACUUCAUUGGGGAGGCUGGAUAAGACCUAAAGUAGGUCGCCACAAGAAAAUAUGGAAAAAAUCUCCCCCUCAACAACGCAGGUUAAGGCAACACAUAUUGUGCAAUGGAACACAGUCAGUAAUGUUGGACAAAAUGGUCACAAAGUUUUGGAAGAAACCGAAGUAUUAUGUUGAAGAUCCGUAUGAACCAUACCACACCAGAGAGGAGUUCCAUAUUACCAGGAAGAAGCCACUUGUUAGACACUGAAACUCUGUAAUUUAAUAUGUAAAAUAUAUUGUAGUUAUUAUUGC